AAUUUAUUUCAAGUCAGAGAUACAUUUGAAAAAGGUCUAGCAUUUCUGAUCCUAACAGUCACCCAAUACAUUUGAUAAGACGCAUGGCUUUUCUGCUGAGUAGCCUGGUACUGCUUUUAGGAGUCCCAGGAAGCAACUCUCUAUGGACAGUAAGCAAGAUAACUGCUAAGAGUGGAGGAUCUGUCACCAUUCCCUGUCACUACCAUAGUCUUCAUAAGAACUUGGAGAAGUCCUGGUUCAUAGGCAAGAACUGGUUUACCUCCUUGAAACUGCGACCUACCAACCAAGAGAAACGAACAGGCAUCAGCUUUUACAACAACCCAGAUGAACUGGUCACAACCUUGACCAUGACAAACCUGCGCAGCAGUGAUUCGAACCGCUACUGGUGUGCAGUCAAAACACGAGGUUCCUAUCUCAGAAUAUCUCUAGAACUUACCGUCACUGAGGGUAUUCCAGAUCUGUCAGCAGCCAGCAACAUGGUGUCAGGUGAAGAGGGCGGCAAUGUUACUGUACAGUGUCUCUACAGUGACAAAUUUAAAGAUACUGAGAGAAAAUGGUGCAGAAGUGGAGAUCUGCACUCCUGUCAAACGGCUCAGGAUAUAGAGCCAUCCCUCGGUGCAGCUCUACAGAUAAAUGAUACAAAUGAUGGCGUUUAUACAGUGACACUGACAGGGCUGAAGAAGAAAGAUGCAGGCUGGUAUUGGUGUAUGGCUGGGGAUGUGCAGGUUCCUGUUCAUAUCAAUGUUGAUUCAAGACAACCCAUUACAGAUGCCAACACAAGACCUGUCAUGUUUACGACAGCACAAUCUUUCACUUCAUCUAACUCUUUUGAUGUACACAACCAUAAUUCACUAACAACACUUGCACACACACCAUCAAAAUUACCUGAAUUUACAUCAGUUCAGACAGAAAAAACUGACCAGAAAUCCACAGCAUCACCGGAGCAGUUUCAUUCAACGACACAGUCCUCAUCAUAUCCAACCACAAUGGAGAACUCAAAACAUGACCCAUCACACAGCAGUAGUACUGUUAGGACAACACUAACCAGCAGAUCAACAACUCUUCAUGUUGACAAUAACUCUACAGUUACUCGGUCAUCUAAAGAUCUGACAUGUGAACCCAAAACCACUUAUGACAGCAGAGACCGUAUUUGGGUGAUUGCACUAGUUUGUGGUGCACUGCUUAUAUUAAUCUUACCUGUGAUUUCCUGGAAAUUGUGGUCAUGGCAUACAAAUGCAAUCACAAUAGAGGAAGCUACAGAAAUAACAACAGACCUCACUGCAAAUGACAGCGUUGUUCUGCUGAGCAAUGAAUGGACAAAUGCUUCAGUUGUGCAGUUUAGCACAGACUCAAAAACUGUCCUAAUAAUGUAACCUGUUGUGACUUCUGGAACACAAAGAUGGAAGAGCCUUUAUCCUGUCACAUUGUGCCAAGAGCCACUCUCCUGCAGAGUUUAGCUACAACACUAUUUAGUUAUACCUGAAUUAACUAAUCAAUGUAUUUGAGUUGACUUGAAAAUGACAGCCAGGUGUGUUGGAACUAAACUUUGCAGGUAAGUGACUCUCUAGAAGCAUGAAACCGUCACAGAUGGACAGCCGGGAGUUGGUGCUCUCCACUUGUAUAAUUAACCUACAGCAUUUCAUGUGGUAUUCAUAUGGUUAAAAAGUUAAGUUAUGUUAGGACUUGUCUUUCAUCUCAACUCCCUAACAAAGCUGUCAGCACACUUAAGAAUCUGCAAAAUAAUGAUGUCCAAAACGCAACCUAAUUUUAAUUUUUAGUUUGUUUAUAAUUAUAUAUAUUUUUUAUAUAGUUUUUUAUUGUAACACAAAGAGAUUUGUAUUUUUAAUUGGGGUUUAAGUGUUUAAAACAUUUUUAACGUGUAAUUUGAAUGAUCAAUUUGGUUAAAAAAGUCCUGGUCACUCCCCUAGACAGAAAACUUGUAUUACAUUAAAUUAAAUACUAAAAUUCAAUUUGUUUGGAGAAACCAGCCCUUUGUAAGUCAACAUAUCUUGUCGUACUGGUUCAGGCUCCAUACUAUUUAAUCAAGGAUGUAAUCUCCUUAAACAAAUAUUUUGUAAAGAUAUUAGAUAUCAGAUAUUUUCUAAAAAAAUAAAACGGUUAAUUUACUAUAUGAACCAGUUUCAUAAGGAAGCUGUGACCUUUCAUUCAACAAUGCAGUUACAGGCUUGACAUCUAAACAAACUAGUUUUGUCUGACAGUCAGGAUUUGUCAGAUGUAACUUAAAGAAAAUAAUAAUUUUUUCUCUCCUCCCCGUCUUCACUUCCCUUUUACUUGUUUUUCUAUAAGGAAAGUUCAUGUGUUUGUUUGCAUACCUUCUGAGUAGACUUUUACAUUUAUACAAUAAACUUAUAUAAAAUUUGCCAAUCUUAUGUAAAUGAAACAAGUCAGUCAUAAGAUUUAUGUAAUAGUACCAAUAAAUCCAAUUAGUUUCAAA